AGUACUUAAAGGGCCUCGAAAAGGGAAGGCCAUCCAAAGCUGUCAUUCAACGAUACAUCAGUGAUCCUCUUCUUUUGGACGGGUGUAAAUGCGACCUCAGAAUGUUCCUCUUGAUAACGCGAACGCAACCGUUGAAGGCCUAUUUUGCUCGUGGAUAUGUACGGCGCACUCUGAGUGAAUAUUGUUCCGAUAUCACUAAUCGCUGUGCACAUCUAACGAACCAGGCAGUUCAGAAAAAACUUGGAGAUGACUAUAAAACUAGGAAGCAGGAAUCGACCUGGAGUAUCCAACGCUUGUGUGAAUACUUAGCAUCAACUUCGUCAUCUGAGGGAGACGCCUCGUGGUGGCUUAACACAUGGUACUGUCGUGUGCUCGAGCCCAUCAUUAUGGAAAUGGCAACA